AUGUCGGAUUCUGUAGAUCGCGUCUUCGUCCAUGCCCUGAAUACCGUUAAGAGGAUUCCCCGGACGGGCACCGCGCGCCCUCCGGCGGCGGAACGCUUAAAACUAUAUGGAUUAUACAAACAGAGCAUGGAGGGGGAUGUGGAAGGAGUGAUGGAUCGUCCGAUUGGGAAUACGCCAGAGGUACAUGCGGAGUGCGAGAAAUGGGACGCCUGGUAUGCGCAGCGCGGCCACACGCGCACCGAAGCCAAACGCCGCUACAUCUCAACAUUAAUCGAUACCAUGCACGAAUACGCAUCCCAGACACCCGAAGCACGCGAACUGGUUUCCGAACUCGAAUUCGUCUGGGACCAGAUUAAAUAUAAUGCCUCCUCGUCUUCGUCGUCGGGUCCACUAAACGCCGUCGGCGUUCCUCUCUUAUCAAAACAUACUGGCAGCGCAUACGGGAGUAUAGGGGACCGACUGGCGGGCUCGGUACAAGACUACGAGCGACCGAAUAUGCGAGGCGAUGAUCGAAAUUCAAGACUCCGCGUUCUCAGUCCCGUCAGUCAGCCCGAAGAAGAAGAAUACUAUCAGCGGUCGCCGGACGGGCAUCUUGUCGAGAAUCAAGAUGAUCUGGACGAUGAAGACGAUGAUGACGAUGACGAUGACGAGGAGUAUGAGGAGGCUCGCGAUAGUCUCUACGAAGACCAAGACCAGGAUCACGACCAUGACCAUGAAAGCACAAAUGCAGAUACAAGGUCCGUUACGGACCAUACCUCACAUGCUGAUGAGCGUUCCUCACAUCGCCAUCGACGUAAUCAUACUUAUAAAUCCGGCGACGGCGCAAGCAGCAGCAACUCCCAUGCGCGCGCCUCUGAUCCACAUAACCUGAGAAAUAGCCCCUGGCGCCGCAGAGUCGAGCAGGCCUUGACCAAGAUGACGGCGGAGAUCGCCGCUGUGCGCGAGCAGAUGGAGACUCGUUCUUUGGCGAACCGUCGCCGAAAUGGUGUCUGGGCCUGGUUGAGGUGGAUUCUGUGGACGGUUCUACGUCAGGUCCUUUGGGAUUUGGCUAUGCUAGGUGCUUUGCUUAUCUUUAUGCGCAUUCGAGGAGAUCGUCGGGUUGAAAGCCGUUUGCGCUCUGGUUGGUCUACGUUGAAGGCUAAGUUGGGUCAGAUUAAGCUGCUCAGGAAGGCGGGUGAUAUGCCUGUUCUGCCUUGA